AUGCAGGUCAGCUGUCAAAUACCCGAAGGUCGAAUAUCUCCAUCGUCAGAUCAAACGUCCAAAUGUCGAAGGAUUAUGAACGUUGAAUUCGGCAAGGAAGCCCAAGAAGACUUGGUUUUGUGUCCAUCCGACUUGAACGCUGCCAACUUUCUAGUCGACGAGUCAGGCAGAUUAUGGGUCAUUGACUUUGGCCGUACUUGCUUCAUGCCACGCUCGUUUCUUUCAUACUCGUUGAACGAAACGUAUGACCCCUUUACACGCCUGGUGCAAGGCGGCGUUCGAUACCCGGAACAUCCCAAUCUUAAAGCGAUGGUGGCCGCCGCAGAUAUUCUUACGAUUAGUGGUAGAAACACUGUUGGUUUACCCUUCUGA